CCGAGGGCCCAAGAGGGGUUCUGUCGAAAAGGCGGGAACUUUGCGGGAAAAGGCGGGGCAUUGCCGAGGGCCCUAUAAUUAAUUUACAUAUUCAUGGAAAAACUCCCGAAUCGUUUCUGUAAUCUGUAUAGCUCACUUGAACUGGAAAGAGCACAAUACAAACAUUCAUCUUCUUCUACUUCUGAUCCUGCAUAGAUCGUCGGAAAAUAGCGGCAGAGGCAAAUUAUGGAGGCCCUUUUGAAGAGUUACUUUGGAUUCUCGGCUUUCAGGCCGUAUCAGAAAGAAGUCAUUCAGUACAUUCUUCAAGGGAAGGAUUGCUUGGUGGUCAUGGCCACUGGAAGUGGGAAGUCCUUAUGUUAUCAGGUACCGCCUUUGGUUGUUGGGAAGACUGGCAUAGUUGUUAGCCCUCUUUUAUCUUUAAUGCAAGAUCAGGUAAUGGCAUUGAAACAAAGAGGCAUAAAGUCUGAGUACCUUGGAAGUACUCAGACUGACCCCACUGUUCAAGGCAAGGCAGAGCGCGGUGAGUAUAAUGUGUUGUUCAUGACACCAGAGAAGGCAUGCUCUGUUCCUACCAGCUUUUGGUCAAAAUUGCAGAAGGCAGGAAUUUGUUUGUUUGCUGUUGAUGAAGCACACUGCAUUUCAGAGUGGGGGCAUGAUUUUAGGGUAGAAUACAAACAGUUGGACAAACUACGUAAUGUUCUAUCAGGUCUUCCAUUUGUCGCCCUGACUGCAACUGCAACUGAAAAGGUUCGAUUUGACAUCAUUAAUUCUUUGAAGAUGAAAGGUCCACAAGUUACCAUUGGUUCAUUUGAUCGGACAAAUCUUUUUUAUGGAGUCAAGUCUUUUAAUCGUGGUGCAUUAUUCUUGAAUGAGCUUGUGCUUGAUAUCUCAAAAUAUGUGGCCUCUGGUGGUUCAACUAUCAUUUACUGCACUACAAUUAAAGAUGUCGAGCAGAUAUUCAAGGCGCUUGAAGAAGCAAGGAUUAGUGCUGGAAUCUAUCAUGGUCAAAUGGACAAGAAAUCACGUGCAGAGUCCCACAGACUAUUUAUAAGGGAUGAACUUCAAGUCAUGGUUGCCACUAUUGCUUUUGGUAUGGGCAUUGACAAACCGAAUAUAAGACAAGUGAUACAUUACGGCUGUCCAAAGAGUCUAGAAUCUUAUUACCAGGAAAGUGGACGAUGUGGUAGAGAUGGUAUGGCUUCUGUUUGCUGGCUUUAUUACACGAGAGGUGAUUUUGCUAAAGGAGACUUCUACUGUGGUGAAUCACAAACUGAAAACCAAAGGAGAGCUGUAAUGGAGUCAUUGAUGGCUGCACAGCAGUAUUGUUCACUAGCGACUUGCAGAAGAAACUUCUUGCUCAAUUAUUUUGGGGAAAAAUCUCAGUCUGAUAAAUGUGGAAAUUGUGAUAACUGCAUAGUCUCAAAAAAGGAGCGUGACAUGUCAAAAGAAGCAUUUCUUCUACUGGCCUGCAUCCAAUCAUGCAGGAAUAAGUGGGGACUGAACAUGCCUGUGGAUAUUCUUCGUGGGUCUCGUGCUAAAAAGGUACUUGAUGCUCAGUUUGACAAGCUCCCACUUCAUGGACUUGGAAGAGAAUACUCAGCAAAUUGGUGGAAAGCACUAGCUAGUCAACUAAUUUCUCAUGGCUAUUUGACAGAGAACAUACGUGAUGUUUACAGAACCAUUAGUAUCAGUGCAAAAGGAGAACAAUUUCUCCAUUCUGCCAGACAUGACUCCCAACCACCUCUAGUUUUGCCAGUGACGAGCGAAAUGAUUGGUGAGAAUGGAGAUGACAGCACAUUAAGUGAAGCCGGGAAAGUGGAAAAUUUGGCUACUUUGAAGAGUGGACUUUCAGAGGCUGAGGCUAAACUCUAUCAAAUGCUUUUAGAAGAGAGGAUGAAGCUUGCGAGAAGAGCUGGAACUGCUCCAUAUGCCAUAUGUGGCGACCAAACAGUUAAACGAAUUGCAUUAACUAGACCAUCUACCAAGGCAAGGUUAGCAAAUAUUGAUGGUGUGAACCAGCACCUACUAAAGAUGCAUGGAGAUCAAAUUCUUCAAGCAGUGAAUCAUCUAUCACAACAAGUUGGUCUUUCACUGGAUGGAGAAUGUAAUGAAGAAGGAAAUGGACAAGGUACUACAACAAGGAAACUCUAUACAAACUCCAACCAACCGCGACAGUUGGCCCCGGCAAAGUUUGAAGCAUGGAAAAUGUGGCAUGAAGAUGGUCUAUCUAUCCAGAAAAUUUCUAACUUCCCUGGUAGAUCAGCCCCUAUCAAAGAGACUACUGUUUCUGCGUAUAUUCUUGAUGCAGUCCAGGAAGGAUAUGCAAUUGACUGGAAUAAAUUCUGUGGUGAGAUUGGACUUACAAGUCGGAUAUUUUCUGAUAUUCAAGCUGCUGUUUCGAAAGUCGGAUCGGCAGAGAAGUUGAAGCCUAUAAAAGAUGAAUUACCAGAGGAAAUAAAUUACGCACACAUCAAGGCUUGUCUUACAAUGCAAAGCUGUGGAAUAUCCCCUGAGGGCACCCUAACCAGCAGCCACCAGGAAAGUAAAACCGACGAACCACUGAAUGGUAUGUCGAAGUUUUCAGGGAGUCCAACUUCAAAGCAGCAGAAAGAAGAACCUUGUGAUAUCGAAAUGCCAUCAAAUAAAGGAACAACAUUUAUUCCUUCAACCGAGGAACUUCCCAUAACAUUAAAACGUCAGAAAGUCUGUGAAGUGCAGGAAGAAAGUCACAUUCUAGCAAAAGCAACCGAGAGCUCGCUAGUAGAGUGGCUAAAGAACAACAACGAUGGGGUUACAGUUUUGAAUAUGAUGGAGCACUUCAAAGGAACUGAAGAAGAAUCUCUAGUUGCUCUACUAAAUGCUCUUGAAGGUGAUUUUGUGAUAUAUAAGAUAAACAAUGUCUACAAGCUCAUGUAAGUACUAAACCUUUACUCUAAAUCCUCUAAUCUUGUGAAUGGGGGACUAAACUAAAUGCAAGUUUUUUUUUUCUUUUUUUUGGUCAUAUGGGCUUGACAAAGAUAUAGCUCCUCUUUAUCUAUAUUCAGUAGUCAACAAUGGAGAAGAAUUUGGGCAGUUGAAAAAAACAAGGCUAAGGCUCAUGUUUGUGUCA